GAGAGAAGAGCUAGGGUUUUAGUUUCAGUAGUAUAACUCAGAACGACUCUCUUCUCUUCUCUUCUCUUCUCUGCAAAGAAAAAAUAACAGAAAGAAAGACGAGGCAAGGAUGUUUCCGGGAAUGUUCGCUCGGAAACCGGACAAAGAAGUGGCUCUGAAGCAGCUUCGCAGCCACGUAGCCAUGUUCGGUGUUUGGGUCACCGUGGUUCGGAUCACCCCUUACGUUCUCCACUACUUCUCUGAUCGCAAUGAACAACUCAACCUCGACUUCUAAUCCUCCUCCUCCUUCUUCACAUCUCACUCUUUUCGAUUGGGCGGGCCUGUGGGGAGGGAAUACUGGAUGGAGAGAGAUUAGUUUUCUCUUUUAUUUUGAAUCAAUAAUCGUGAGGCAAACAUGUACUAGUGGUAAGCUUAUAUGUUACUUUAAAUUUCAUGGCAUUAGAAGAUAGAAUUCAGGUUCACCUUUUCCUAUGUUUGUUACUGUGGCAUUUUGAACGUGCCUUGUGCUAUUAGUGGUGCUCGGUUAUUGACUAAUAGGGGUGUUUGGUGGAGAUUGUUUUAAGUUAAAAGUUGAUGGUCAAAAAGUAGAAGUGAAAA